AUGUGCCCCGGGGCGCCGGUCGCGGCGGUGGCGUCGGACAAGAGCGUGUGCGUGAUGGACGCGUCCGGCCCGCUGGGCCAGGCGCUCGUGCACCGCCUCCUCCGCCGGGGCUACACCGUCCACGCCGCCACCUACGGCCGCUCGCUCGACGCGCUCGCGCUGCUCGCCGCCGCCGGCCACGACGAGGACCGGCUCAAGCUCUUCCGCGCCGACCCCUUCGACUACCACUCCAUCGCCGACGCCGUCCGCGGCUGCUCCGGCCUCUUCUGCAUGUUCAACACCCACGAGGACCAGGCCGGCUGCGACGAGGUGAUGGUGGAGGUGGAGGUCCGGGCGGCGCAGAACGUGCUGGAGGCGUGCGCGCAGACGGUGACCAUGGAGCGGGUGGUCUUCACCUCCUCCGUCACCGCCGUCGUCUGGAAGGACGACGACCACAAGCCCGUCGACGCCUUCGACGAGCGGAACUGGAGCGACCUCAACCUCUGCAGGAAGCGCAAGGUAAUCAAUCAAUCAAGCGCUGCAGCUUCUUUCUUUUCAGCGCAAGGGCUAAUUACUGUUAUUACUGGGGGGUUGGUGCAGUUGUGGCAUGCGCUGGCCAAGACGCUGUCGGAGAAGACGGCCUGGGCCUUGGCCAUGGACAGAGGGGUGGACAUGGUGGCCAUCAACGCCGGCCUGCUCACCGGGCCGGGGCUCUCCUCCGCCCACCCCUGCCUCAAGGGGGUCCCCGAGAUGUACGAGCACGGCGUCCUCGUCACCGUCGACGCCGACUUCCUCGCCGACGCCCACGUGGCCGCCUACGAGUGCCCCACGGCCUUCGGCCGCUACCUCUGCUUCAACAACGUCGUGUGCCGGCCCGAGGACGCCCUCCAGUUCGCCCAGAUGCUCACCCCGUCCGCUCCAUGCUACCCGCCGAGUGAUGAGCUGAAGGUGAUCCCACAAAGGAUUCAGAACAAGAAGCUGAACAACCUGAUGGUGGAGUUUGCCAGUGCCAUAUACGGGGACUUGGAUUAG